GCUAAAACUGCAUCUUUGGCGGUAUGCAGGGAGGGAGAGUUUGCGCGGAACUGUUUUCCUGGUCCCGCUCCCGCGAUUUUUUGUCCAUUCCCGCUCUCAUGCUCCCGCAACCAUUCUAAUAAUUAGAACAGCCAGGUAGGAUAUAAUAAAGUUUGAGUUUUUAUACUUGGGGAGGGCAUGAGCUAGUUUUGUCACGCAGACCUGGAAAUUGAUGGCGCAGAGCAGCUCUCAGUUAAGUGAAGCGUACGCUGAUUUCUUUUAAAAUAGCAAAACAACAGUGUUUAUAACUCUAUCAGUCAUGUUAUGCGCAAAAUCGCGGGAUGGCGGGACCCACGCGCGCUAUGUUUUUUGGACCGCCACUUCCGCCCUCUUUUUUUUAUCCUCCUUCUUUUUUUAUGGAUGUCAAUGGAAUCUUCAACAUGUUUUACAAUUAACAAUACUUGCGUUGGGAACUGUAGGCUAUAUUAUACCUUUUUAAAAAUAUAUAUAUUUUCAAGAGAAGACAUGGAAUCUCGCGACAGAUGAGACUCAUCCUUUUAUUUAUAUUUUUUUAUAUUUGAGCCCCUAAACUCUCUGCACAGUUACAUUAAGGGGUUAUGAUGAUUUGCCCCGCCCACUAUAAUCAAUACGUGGACGCAGACCCUCUUUGUUCUCACUCAGGUUUUAAGUUGACACCGCAGGGAAUUCAGUCAUAUUCUUUCUCCCAGAAUCCAUCACACUUGAAAAAGUCCUCGAGCUUAUCGACUGGAAAUGAUAAAACAGUGACGAUAUCCGUGAUGGAGGGAGAUUCUGUCGCUCUAAACACUGGAGUUACUGAACUACAGACAGAGCAUCUGAUACUGUGGACAUUUAGAGAUCAAAAUUCAGAGACUCGUUUAGCUGAAAUCUACAAAAAGAUCAAAUCUGUAUAUGACAUUAAAGAGAACAAUGAGAGAUUCAGAGACCGACUGCAGAUCGAUGAGCGGACAGGAUCUCUGACCGUCACAAACAUUAACAAAUUACACUCGGGACUUUAUAAAGUACAGAUCAUCAAUGGAGAUGUGAAGCACAAGAGCUUCAGUGUUGCUGUCUAUGGUCUUCUGACUGCUCCUGUCAUCAGUGAUUCUCCUCGAAACCUUUCCAUUUCAGAGAGAUCACUGAAGCAGUAUUGUUCAGUGCUGUGUUCAGCUGUGAAUGUGAGUCAUGUGACUCUCUCCUGGUACAAAGGAAACAGUUUAUUGUCCAGCAUCAGUGUGUCUGAUCUCAGCAUCAGUCUCUCUCUACCUCUGGAGAUCGAGUGUCUGGAUGAUUCAUACAGAUGUGCGGUCUCUUAUUCAUUCACUAACCAGACUAAACACCUCAGCAGCACUGAUCUCUGUCAGACAUGUUUAGAUGGUCAAGCUGUGUCUGUGAAAGCGCUGAUAAUCGCUGCUGUAUUUCUGCUGCUUCUGCUAGCGGUCUCAGUUUUAGCUGUGAAGAUGUUCUGUCGCAGCGGGAGAUACAAAGAAGCAGCACAAGAAAGCAAGUAUUACCUCUUUUUAUGACAUUAUAGUGCACAAAAUUGCCGACAAAUUCUUGUAACCUCAAAUCUUUUAUUUUUAUUUAUUUUUUUGUAAAUGUAUUUUUACUAAACAGCUAUGGAAGAGGUGGAUCAUGCUAAUCAAACAUUUACUAAAAACAUAGCUCAGGAUACGGGAGCCAAUGGACAGAAUCAUACAGAUAAUUCAGAGGUGGCUUUCAGAUGAUGAUCAUUCAGACCAUAUUAUCAUAGCACUCAGUUUAUUAGCAUGAGUAUCUUGGGACAUACGUUUCUAUGUAAAAAAAAGCUUGAAUCCUCAAAGGUAAACUACAGUCUUUAUUAUAAAUGGCUGUAUUUCAUUGUAGUAGUACUUCACAACAGACAAUCAUCUGGGGUCCCUAGUCUGUUUUUGACGCACGCUGCAUCCAAACCACACAGCAAAUACAAAAUAGAAGUAAAACAAUCAUGUACAUUUAAAAAUUAACACCUUGUACUGACUCCCAAUCGUAGGUUUACAUUAGGCUACUAUAUUCUUGCUAGAAGGCCAGAAAUAGAUGACGAGAGGUUCCUCCUCAAAGUUGAAGUUGUAGGAGUGGAAUAAAUAGGAUUAAACACACAAAAAAAAAAUCAAGAAAAACAAUGUUGGACAGGCAAAUCACGGCCUUAAGAAACUGUGUAUUCUGAGUAGUAUACAGUAUGAAAUGAAAGAUUUAAUCCAAGUAUGCACUUGAGUGUCAUAUUGCAGAAUGUCACCUUUUUUUCAAAUAAAGUUUUUCUAAAUAAUGCUGACACAUGUAAACCACAACUAACAGUGGACUGAUGUUUAUUUAGGUUAUGGCUUUCGUGAAUGUUUUCAGUAAUUUGUGUGUGUUUUUGUAUAUAUAUAAAAGCUAUAUUAACAGCUGUAAUAAAAUCUGCUGUCUGUUUUUGGGUCAGUGAAGCUUAUGGAGUCAGUUUUCAAACUCGUGUGUCUGUUAUUUGUAGUAAGUAAAUGGGCAUGUUUGUGUGCAAGGUGAGUUUUACAUACUGUGACUCAUCAAUAAGGAUUUUACCAUUUGGUUUGAGUGUUUUAGAGAUUGAGGUGUAUAGCUAUUAGAUUUUCUUAUAUUUUGCUGUUCAUCUCUACACAGACCAUGAAAAGUUGGUAGUUUUCAAAACCAUUUAUGAGAAUGUUGUCAAAUGCUGCUGUCUUCUGUUUAUGUGUCAUUUCAUUUGAAAUGUUCACACAGAUUCUUAUAUGUGAUUGGUUUGUUUAGCUAAGCUAAAUUGAUUUUAAUUCAUAAUACACUUGGUCCUUUGUGUUGAACAUUUUCAUCAUUGGAAAUCUUUCAGUUUCAGGUGUGGUUGGUAAUCCAGGUGAAGUGAGGUCAGUGUCAGGGAUGGAGGAAGAUUUUGUCACAAACACUGAUUAUAUUUUUCAUCAUCCCAAGACGCACACUAUUUUGAUAGGCGAACUAAACCUAGUGCAAAUGAGCUCCAGGUGUGCACACAGGCUGUUCACUUUCAGGUCUGACGGUUUGCCCUGUAGGAAUAAACACAACAAGGAUGAUUCAGCUUCAAGGUAGAGAUAAUGAGCUAUUACGUGUCUUAUAGAUGAUUCAUGUAAUGGAAAUUAUACACAAGCCGGUCGUAGGAUAAUACAGAUAAUUAUGGUCUUAGAUAAUGGUUUCUUAUUGCAGAAAAUGAUGGAAAAGAUCUGCAGGAGAGAAACAUUAAGAUGGUUUUGUUGAUACGGACCAAACCAGUCACUGAAUAUAUGUAAUUUAUAUGUAUAUCAUGGAUCAACAUUAUUGUCCAAAAAUACAGACUUAAUCCAAUCACUACCCCUAACCCUAACCCUACCCAUCAUUUAUUCCUAAAAUCAGUGCAUGCUAGCUGAUUAAUAAGGGUGUAUAAGCAUCUAACCCUGAUUUUGCUACGUAUUUUAUUUAACACUACUUGUCACAACACAUUGCUCUUUUGUCGUUUUGUUUGCUUCUAUUACCCUCAUUUUUAAGUCGCUUUGGAUAAAACCUAAAAGAUUGAAUGUAAUUUAUGCAUAAACACACCAAGUCACAAAAAAAUAUUAAAGCUAUCCCAUGACUUUAUCACUUUUUUCUUCAACAUCGUGAAGGGCUCACAUUCGUCCAUUUUUGCUUUUGGCCUUCAUAGACAUUACUGAUUAUUAUUUUACUUCUUCGUGUAUUUAUUCAUGUUCAUUGUCAAUUGUCAGUUAUUGUAUUCAGCUGAGAACUGUUGUUAAGAGCACUGACAUUUUUGCUGCAAUUUUACUUCAAUAAACAAAAGGACCUAAUUCACACAAAAUGCUAUUGCAUGCUUAUUGUUUUAAUGUAAAUACCUACAGGCUACACUCUAAAAAAAACUUUC